GCCGGUCAACGCGGCCGGUUAUUUCCAGUAUCGGUCGCGCGAUAAACGCCAAUGUUGACCUGAUAAGGGUGGAGUAUAAAUGCUGCGUGCGCUUUGAAUUACGAUGUUAUAUUUGUCUAAACUAAACUCUUCUCAACAUGCCUCCGAACUGGAAGUCUUCGGGUGUUGCACCGCCGGCACGCGCGUUGAAGAUAGCUGUCAUCGGCCAGAGUCAAUUUGCUGCUGAUGUUGUCGCCGCUCUGCAAGAACGCGGACAUUCCGUGGCGGCCAUCUUUACUAUUCCCGAUAAACAAGGCCGUGAAGAUGCCUUGGCGCAACACGCACACAACCGUGAUAUCCCCGUGCAUAAAAUCCCGCGUUGGCGCACGGCGGGAAAACCCCUCCCGGAUGUAUUGGCGCUGUAUCAAUCCUAUCAGGUUGAUUUGAAUGUCCUGCCGUAUUGUUCACAGUUUAUCCCCAAGGAAGUUGUGGAUUUUCCUCGCUACCGCACCAUCUGUUAUCAUCCUUCGAUCCUUCCGCGGCAUAGAGGUGCAAGCGCCAUUAACUGGACCCUUAUGUCCGGUGAUACACGAGCUGGAUUGUCUAUAUUCUGGGCUGAUGAUGGGCUGGAUACAGGUCCUAUUCUAUUACAACGUGAAUGUGAUGUUGAAGAAGACGAUACAGUUGAUAGUUUAUAUCGCAGGUUUCUGUAUCCUGUUGGGGUGAAAAGCGUGGCUACUGCUGUCGAUAUCAUCGCUGAAUUAGGAGUAGAUUCGGCACCUAUGAUAAUCCAAGAUGAAACUAAAGCUACGUACGAGCCAAUGUUGAAAACCCCGCAGCCGAUUAACUUCAAUCAAAACGCGCAAGCAAUUCAUGAUUUUAUUCGGGGAUUAGACAGUGUCCCAGGCGCAUCUUGUUAUCUAGACGAUGAGGAAGUUGUUCUCUUUCAAUCUACAAUCAUUGAACACAUGAAUACUGAAUUAUUACAAGAAAUGGUUCGAAAAAAUGAUGCAAAACAAGUGCACAUACGCGAUUGUCCCGCGGCGUGGUUAUCGGAUGAAGGUCUCAUGCUACAAUGCGCUGAUAAGAAUAUCGUCAAUGUUAAACGUAUCCGGAUCAAUGGUAAGGUUCAACUCGCGGCGAAUUUAUUCGCUGGGUCAUCGUCUUCGAUUAUUUGUGAUUUCAACGAUGAUGAAACACAACUUAUGGAUAAGAUGAGAGAUAUCUGGAAGGGUAUUCUUUCUUAUGAUGAUAUCGAGGAUGAUUCGGACUUUUUUCAAUGUGGCGGGGCGUCAAUGGAUGUAGUCAGAUUGGUUGAAUCCAGUAAAGAUUUACUAGAAAUCCAACUUGAAAACGAACAUGUCUUCCUAAAUUCAUCCUUUUUGGAGUUUUUUAACGCUUGUAUCAUUUUAAAACGUGAAAGUAACGGCACAGAAGGUCCAGCAAAGGUAAAAUACGAAGGCGUAGAGUUUAACGCCAAUAAACUUUGCAUUAACUGCCCUACACAAUUAUUCAUCGAUGGGAAAUUUGUUAAUGCUACUGCACAUGAAGGACGAUCCACAGAAACUGACGUAAUCAAUCCGCACGAUGAGAAAAUCCUCUGUCGCGUACAAUCCGCAUCGAAGUUAGAUGUUGACAAAGCUGUGCGAGCUGCAACGAAAGCUUUCAACGGUGAGUGGACCAAAAUGUCCGCCCGGGAACGCGGUAAAAAGCUUCUAAAACUCGCCGAUUUAAUGGAAGUACAUCGAGAGGAACUGGCUACUCUCGAAUCGCUGGAUUCUGGCGCUGUGUAUACACUCGCAUUAAAAACACACGUCGGUAUGAGUAUUGAAACAUGGCGAUACUACGCCGGGUGGUGUGAUAAAAUUCAAGGUGAGACUAUACCGAUCGCAAGCGCUAGACCGCAGAAAAAUUUAUGUUUCACCAAACGUGAACCGAUUGGCGUAUGCGGAUUGAUCACACCGUGGAAUUAUCCUUUGAUGAUGUUAUCAUGGAAGAUGGCGGCUUGUUUGGCAGCUGGUAAUACUUGUGUGAUUAAACCAGCGCUUGUUUGUCCACUGACAGCGUUGAAGUUUGCUGAGUUGACUGUACUCGCAGGUAUACCUCCGGGGGUUGUUAAUGUGUUACCUGGAAGUGGCACGGUUGCAGGCGCAGCAUUAGCUGAGCAUCCGGAUGUGCGCAAAAUAGGUUUCACAGGUAGUACUGAUAUAGGAAAGGUUAUCAUGGCGUCAUGCGCAGGGAACCUGAAGAAACUCUCAUUGGAACUCGGCGGUAAAUCCCCGCUGGUGAUAUUUGCGGAUUGUGAUCUUCAGAAAGCCGUCCGCGUUGCAAUGCAGGCUGUUUUCUUCAAUAAAGGUGAGAAUUGUAUAGCGGCCGGGCGGAUCUUUGUCGAGGCUGGCAUCUACGAUGAAUUCAUCGAGCGUAUUGUAACGGAAACCAAAAAGAUCACCAUUGGUGAUCCGUUUGAUAAGAGUACAAACCACGGUCCGCAGAAUCACCUCGCGCAUUUACGUAAACUCGAAGAAUUUGUUAAGAUCGGCGUGGAAGAUGGCGCUGUUUUAGCCCUGGGAGGUAACAGAUUACCACAACCAGGUUUAUACUUCCAACCGACUGUUUUUAUCAACGUACAGGACAACAUGCGCAUUGCCAAAGAAGAAUCCUUCGGGCCUAUCAUGUGUAUCUCACGAUUUAAGAAUAGAGACUUUGAUGGAGUGAUACAGAGAGCCAACAGGACAGAAUAUGGUCUGGCAGCUGGUGUUUUCACUUCAGAUGUCUCUAAAGCACUCAGAUUUUCAGAAGCAAUCAAAGCCGGCACUGUGUUUGUUAAUACCUAUAAUAAAACCGAUGUGGCCGCUCCGUUUGGCGGUUGUAAACAGUCUGGUUUCGGCAAGGACUUAGGUGCUAGGGCAUUAGAGGAGUACUUAACAACUAAAACUGUUACACUUGAAUAUUAAUUAAUUAUUUUAUUAUACAAUUAUGAUUAGGGCGAUUAUACUGAUGAAGGUGUUCAAAA